AUGGGUUUCACCGACUUUUUCUCCGACGUGAUCUCGUCGUUCGGCCUCCCCGAGGCCCAGGCUGAGGCGCCGCCCGCCGACACCGUCCAGGAGACCCCCCAGGCGGAGGAUCCCAAGGCGGACGCCGCUGAGAGUGAGGAGCCUGCCGAGGAGGCCGCCGAGGAGGAGGCCCCCGCUGAGGAGGCUGAGGAGGAGGAGGCUGAGGAGGAGGAAGAGGAGGAGGAGGAAGAGGAGGAGGAGGAGCCCGAGGAUAUCAAGCCUCAGCUCGAGGAGGAAUGCGCCAACUCCGCCCACUGUGCGCCCGCUAAGCACCACUACGACGAGUGCGUCGAGCGUGUAACCCAGCAGCAGGAGGAUGAGGACUACAAGGGCCCCAAGGAGGACUGCGUUGAGGAGUUCUUCCACCUCGCCCACUGCGCGACCCAGUGCGCCGCCCCCAAGCUGUGGCGCACCCUGAAAUAAACGAAUCCAUAUCCUCGACGGGCCUGAUUCCACCUCCCUUCCAAUAUGAUAGUUCCCCCACCAUGAAGCCAAUGACAAACCGGAUCGAAUGAACGAAAGAAAGAAAAUAUAAACCUGUUGGUGUUGGUCCUGGAUAAAGUACAAGUAUACAAAUAAGCGACAGUGGAGAGGACGGAGGCACGGAGGCACUCGAGUCACGAGAUAGAAUGAAGGGGAGAGGAGGGGAAUAGGCAUGGCAUAUUGACAUUGUCUUGUGGUGCCUUUUUCUUUUCCUUUUCCUCUCUAUUAUUGGUUCCUUUUUGUACGUUUUAUGCGUUGUGUUUGAAGAAAGACGGAGAUGUGGAGAUGUGGAGAGAUGUGUGGUGAUAGAGUGAAUGGGUGCACCCAUUCCAUGAUGUGUAUUGUACAGAUAUCUAGUCGGGUUUGUCUUUGAACUGUGCUUAAUUUCUUUUUUAUUAUCUUUUUCUUAUCUGUGG